CUCCCCUUUGUCACAUUGCAUUUCACGUUUUUCACAAAACCCCCCAAUCUUCUUCUUCUUCGCUCUCUUUGCCUUCGAAAUUCGGUUACAGCUCUCAGCUCUUCUUUCCGUCUCUCUCUUUCUCUCUCUGAGCCUGCCAUGGAUUCCUGCAGUUCCUCUGUUCGCGAUUCUUCUUCUCCUUUUGAUUGCCUCAUCUUCGAUUUGGACGACACUCUGUACCCUUCCAACACUGGAUUAGGUGAAGCUUGCAAGACGAACAUCGAUGAUUUUUUAGUUGAGAAAUGCGGGUUCCUGGAGAGCAAAGCCUCCAGUCUUCGAGUUGAGCUUUUCAAAAGCUACGGCAGCACCCUCGCCGGCUUACGUGCGUUAGGCUACGACAUCAACGCGGACGAUUACCACAGUGUCGUGCACGGAAGGUUGCCGUACGAUCGGAUCAAGCCCGAUCCUCAACUCGGAAACCUCCUCCGUAGCAUCGCACAGAGAAAAAUCAUAUUUACGAAUUCGGAUCGGAAGCACGCGGUGAAGGCGUUGGAUCGUCUGGGAGUGAGAGACUGCUUCGAGCAGAUCAUAUGCUUCGAGACGAUGAACCCGAACCUGCCGAGUUCGACUCGGCCUGACGAGUUUCCGGUGGUUCUGAAGCCGUCCAUGGAGGCCAUGGAGAUCGCGCUCCGGGUCUCCGAGGUGGAUCCUCGUCGUACGCUGUUUCUCGAUGACAAUGUCCGUAACGUCGCUGCCGGGAAAGCCGUGGGUCUACGCACCGUUUUGGUUGGAAAAACUGUGAAAAGCAAAGAAGCAGAUUACGUGUUAGAGAACGUGAACAACCUGGCACAAGCAGUUUCAGAAGUAUGGGUAGGCGGAAAAGAUGGUGGUAGUAACAAAAGGAUCAGCCGCACCAGAAGCGACAUUGAGGUCGAUCUCACAACCACAGCUGUUGGAGCUUGACCGAGUUGACUCACCUUUCCACCUUCCAGAUGUUUUUGCUCGCUGGCUGGCUCGUGUUGGCUUUGGGUUAGGUUUGGGCUUGGGGUUUGGGUUGGACCCACUGUAUAUGUACAUAUUUUUCUUAAUUAUGUCAAUAUUGCAUAAUAGGGAGUGCAUAAUAUGUUAAUAUGUAUGGGUAUGGGUUGUGCAUAUAAUCCAAAAAGUGUAUCUAUGCAAUGUACCAAUAAAUAAUAGUGUUAUUUUAAGCAAAGAAAGUGAUGCUUCCUUGCUUUUGUUA